UACAGGUGCUGCAGGAGGAGGGAGCAGGGCCACAAGCAGAGGGGCCCCCGGGAUGGGACAGGACAGGCUGAGGGUGGGGGGAGAAAGGAAUCUUUCACAGGGAAAGUGUGUGGGACACUGAGAGGGGGGGAAAGUGAGAGGGACAAAGAGGGGGAAGGGAGUCGCUCUGGGCAAGACAAAGGGGAGAAUGUGAAAGGGGGUCACAUGGAUGGGGAGAAAUAUUAGGAGGCACCUGCCCCGUUACUAAGGGAGAAGGAGGUGCAACAAGAGACAAAGAGAAGUCACAGUGCGGGGGGGGGGGGAGAGAAGCGGCCGUGCCAUGUUCUGUCUGGGGCAAGACAAGUGCCAAGCGGACGGGACUGAUGGACUCACACAAUGAGGCCUGGUCUCACUAAUAAUCUGGUUAUGGACUAUCAAGCUCUUCUGGACUACCAGCCACAUCGGACCCCCAUACAGUGUGAGGGCAGGAUGGUGCCCGGCUUGGCAGAAGCAGCAGCUACAGAGAGACACAAUGUGAUGAGACACAUUGCAGUUUACCAGCAGGAGAGCUUGGCAUUUGGGGGGGUUCCCAGUCUGGAUUACAGGACGAUACAAAGUCCCUUGAACACAAACAUCUCGGGGGUCGCAGAUCAGCUCCAGGACCACUGGGUUAUGAGGAUUGAGAAGUUGGGAGAGGAGCUGAUACAGGAGACUUCAGUAGGAACCAGGGAGCAGCAGCCUUUGGGCUUCAACCCAGAAGUGAAGAGAAGGAACAGCAGCACCGAAAGUGAUGGGGACCCCCCAAAAUCUUCAUUAUCCUUCAUUGACACCCCCGACCUGCUCUCCAGCACCAGCCAGGGAUCAGAGAGAGGGAAAUCAGCCUGGCGUAAGAUCCGACUGUACCUCCCAGACCUCAGUCCCAGUUCCUCGGCAGAAGACGACUCAGUGUUUGUGGAGCCGGGGAGCCCAGAGCCCAGGGUAUCGGAGGUUAAAGAGUCCCCCGAGGAGGUGGUGGCCCCACAAGGGAAAGGGGAGCAGGAGAGAUGGAGGUUCUCAGCAUCGGAGCUCAUCAGCAAACUACAACUCACCCAGAGGCGCAACAACUUCACUGCCCGACUGGGCAAGUCCCUUUCUACCAAAAUCACCCUGAGAGAGAGGGGGACGUCCUCCAGCCAGGAAGGUAAAAGAGGCAGAAGGGAGCGGAGAUGUAACAGCGCGGGGGUGGCGACUCUCCUACAUCCGGGGUCGGAAAGUGACAGCUCUUGGCUCAGGAAUAAAGUGACAGAGGGUGGGGGAGGCAGCGCUGGGAGACCCCCCAAUGAGGUGCCCCAGGAGCAGUCCCAGCCCCCCAGUGAGGAGAGACUGAUGCGUGGGGGGAGGGCACAGAAGAGACAGUCGUAUUGUGAGAGGAGACAGUCGCGCUUUCUGUUGAACUCCAUUCUCUAUCAGGAAUACAGUGACGUCGCCAUCAACCGGGAGAUCCAGCGGCAGAAGCGGGAGGACACGGCGGGGGACGAGGAGGAGGUAACGGCCAGUCCCAAGAGUAACUUGUCCCCCAGCAGCUCCUUCCGCUCCCAGCGCUCCUCCCGAGGCUCCACCUUCUCCCUGUGGCAGGAUAUCCCAGAUGUGCGGGGGAGUGGCCUUCUCAACACUUUAACCACCCACGAGCGGAAACUGCAGGAGGCCAAGUUUGAGCUGGUGACCUCAGAGGCCUCGUACGUUCACAGUCUCUCCAUAGCCGUCGAUCAUUUCCUCAACUCCCCUGAGCUCAACGAGUGCCUCGGGGCCCAAGAGAAACAGUGGCUCUUCUCUAAGCUCCCUGAGGUGAAGGAGAUCAGUGAAAGGUUCCUGAUGGAUCUGGAGGAGAGGCUGGAGGGGGACAUCUUGCACUUUGAUGUAUGCGACAUUGUCCUGCACCACUGCCCGGAGCUGCGCCGCGUCUACCUGCCCUACGUCACCAACCAGGCGUAUCAGGAACAGACUUACCAGCGGCUCCUACAGGAGAACUCGCGCUUCCGAGGGAUUCUCUCCAAACUGGAGGAGGACCAGGUCUGCCAGCGCCUCCCCCUCACCUCUUUCCUCAUCCUGCCCUUCCAGAGGAUCAUGCGCCUCAAAAUGCUGGUGGAGAACAUAUUGAAGCACACGACUCCCGGCUCCCAGAAUGAGGACACGGCCAGCAAAGCCUUCACUGAACUAAAGAAGCUGGUGAAGGGGUGCAAUGCCAGCGUCCAGUCCAUGAAGAGAACCGAGGAGUUAAUUCAUCUAAACAAGAAGAUUCACUUUGAAAGCAAGAUCUUCCCUCUGAUCUCCCAGUCCCGCUGGCUGGUGAAACACGGGGAACUGGUGGAACUGGACAUGCAGAUCCCAAACAGCGCCGGCUCCAAAUUCAAGCUCUGCCCCAAACCCGUUUAUCUUCAUCUGUUCAACGACUGCCUCCUGCUCUCCAGAAGGAAAGAGUUGGGUAGAUUUGCAGUCUUUGCUCAUGCCCAGAUGAUGGAUCUGAAGGUGACGGAUCUGAGUUGGAAGCUGCAGGAGGUGCCGGGGGAGGUUUUCCACGUCCAACUGUGCCACGAGCAGAAACCCAAACACCAGAUCCUGCUGAGGGCCCAGAGCGAGAGUGAGAAGCAGCGUUGGAUCUCAGCCAUGUUCCUCUCCAGCGCCCAAUCAGAUCUGGAGAUUCUGACGGACAGUGAAGACAUCCCACAAGUCCAGUGCAUCAAGGGUUACACGGCGCAAGAGCACGAUGAACUGACGCUGGAGAAAGCGGAUAUAUUGCGACUCGCAGCCAAGACUAGUGACGGCUGGAUGGAAGUGAUUCGUCUCUGUGAUGGAGAAAGGGGGUGGGUCCCAGCGACCCAUGUGGAAGAAAUAACCAAUAAGAAUGCGCGGCUGCGAAACCUGCGAGAGAACAAGCGCAUUAAACAUGCAACAAGCAAACUGGAGAGGGAUCCGCCCUAAAGUCUCCCCGACGCCUCCCCGAUUGUCCCAACUCCUCUUGGACCUGCGUCCGGAACAUUUCACUUGGCCAGUGCACCCCCGGGGGCUUCUCUGCUCUAACCUUAGGGGCAACUACAGCAACGGGCCCCCCCCAGGGUACAGCCUGGCCCUGAUCACUAAUAACUGCUGCAACUAAUAGUCUCUGCACCCAGAGCAACUGCUAUUUAGGAACGCUAUAAAUAGGGAAUAAUGGAUUAGGAAUUGGGGGUUAGAGCAGUUCUGGUAGCGCUGGGAUGGGGCUCACGUUCUGCAGCAAGAAAGUGUCUUGUUAAUGCGAUAGUUCCCGCCCCUACCCAACAACUCCCUGCACCCCUAUAGAAUCAGGGCUCCAUUGUUACCAGCUGAGACCGGCUGCUGACAGAGGAUACUGGGAGUUGUAGUAAUUCUGCUGCAGGAGUUAGGGAGUUACAGAAUGAAGAACAGCCUCCUGCUCAGACCCUGACAUUGAAUUUCUACUGAACCACAUUGUAAAUACGUCGCCCAAAUUAAACGUCAUUCUCUGCA